UAUUGUUAUUUGUUUUUCAGAAUUUCGGAUAACGGCUUUAUGGCUCGUGUCUUUAUACUUUAUAGUUUACACUUUACAGACCAUAAUCGUAGUGACCAUACCACCAGUUUAUUGCUUACAAUUGGCAUUAUUUAUAUAUUAAUUAUUAAGUACAAAUAGUAAAUACUGUAUAACAAUAAGUUUUACGUUCAUGGUUUAGUUAAGUCUUAACUCUUAAAAGUCGAUUUAUUUUGAAAUAUCCCUUGUGUGGAAAAAUUAAAUUUCAUUAAAAUUAUGAGUCGAGCAGCAAAAGAUACAUCAAUGGCUCGUAAGAAAAAGUUAGUUCGUCUAAGCAAAUUAUCUAUUGGAGAUGAAGAAAAUUUUGAACCCCCGCAAAAAUCAUCUACUCCGUCUAAACUUUAUAAAAAUAAUUCAAAAAGGAUUUUAAAAGAUAAUAAUAGCUUAAACAUAAGUGUAAUAAAUAAAGAGGACAAAAAUAAAACAAUAAAUACAGAAUUUGAUUGUCACCAAUUCAAACCUAUAUUACCUGUUAUAGAAGAAAAUGUAAAUUAUGGUCGAGUUCCGGAACUAUUUCAUAGUGAUCCAGAAGAUGAACCUACUGUAACUGAAAAUUUAACUGUCACUACUACAAAUGAUUCUGAUGACAAAUGGACAACUUUUUCUGAUGUUUCUGAAGAAAGAAGCUGUACAAAUGUUACAGAUUUAUUAGCUGAAAUUGAAGCUGACAUAGAUGUCAGAUUUAAAAAACCACCGAGAAGAUCAUAUCCUGGAAAAAAAAGAAACAAUAAAAGUUUGUAUGAAGACAAAGAAGAAGAAGAAAAAAUAGACGUAAAAAUAACAAAAAAAUACAGAAAACAUAAACCAAAGAAAAAGGAUCCUCAAGAAGAGGCAUUUGUUCAAUCAAUGAAUGAGCAUUUUACAGAUAUUGAAUCAUUUAGUUUAGCUGUAGAAUAGUUUAAAACUACAUGUAAAUAUUUUCAAUAUUUAAGAAUUACAAAAAAUAAUUAUUGGAAUUGAUAAAGAAAUAAUCAUCAAGAGGUGUUUUCUUAGAAGAAAUCGAAGAAUGUCAUUUGUAGUAUAAUGGAAGCAUGAACGGAAUUUAUAGAUUUUCCAAAAUUUGAAGAAAUUUGUUAUUAUACAUUAUUAUUAUAUUUAUUAUUAAAAGUUUUAUGUUGUAUAAGUGUUUUUCUAAAUCUUUGUAUUAAAGUCAAUCGUAUAAUGUAUCAAGUUGUCUUAUUUAAGAUUAACUAUAAUUAAUUUGAAGCAAAUAAUUAAUGUUUAUUGCAAUGAUAUGUA